AUGGAUACGCUGAGUGGGAACAAUGCGACAGUGGUGAACAGCUCCAUAGAUAAGUGGCCAUUCAAUGAGCGUGGCUCGCAUCAACACCUGGACCCCAGGGAGCUGAGGGUCCUGGUGCCGGCUAUUCUUGGAGUCAUCUGUGUCUUGGGUGUGGCUUGCAAUCUCACUGCGAUGGUCAUCUUGCUCUCAAACGCUCACAGGGGCAAACUAUCUCUCAUCAACUCCCUCAUUUUCAACCUGAUGUUUGCAGACGGGCUGGUGCUGCUGUUCACGGUGCCUUUCAGGGCUGCAUCUUACUCCAAAGCUAGCUGGAAUCUGGGCUGGGUGGUGUGCAAGACGGCCGACUGGUUCCUUCAGUCCUGCAUGGCAGCAAAAAGCUUCACAGUGGCUGUCAUGGCCAAAGCGUGCUACCGCUACGUGUCCAACCCCACCAAGCAGGUGAGCAUCCACAUGGGCUCCAUCCUGGUGGUGUUCUUCUUCAUCUGGCUUUCCGCCUGCUCCGUCACCAUCCCUCAAUGGCUGUUUGCGACGCUGCAGAGAGAGAUCCGCGGGCUGGUGUGUGUGCUGGUGGUUCCGCCUGAAGCCCGGGACUUCAUGGCUGUGUAUGUCAAAGCGUACCCCCUGGGGGUCUACUGUGCACCUCUCAGCUUUGCUCUCAUGUAUUUCUGGAGGGCUUAUGGCCAGUGCCAGCGCCGCUCCAGUAAAACACAGAACCUGCGCACACAGAUCAGAUCCAGGAAGCUCACUUUGAUGCUAUUCAGCCUGACAGUGGCCAUGGCUAUUCUCUGGCUUCCACAGUGGGUGGUGUGGGUUUGGGAGCGUCACAUCGCAGAGAAGGAAAUCGAAGGAGCUCAACCGCUCGUCUCCUCUCUUCCACCUCUUCUAACCCUCUCUGCUCAGCUGCUCACCUUCUCUCUGUCGCUGGUUAACCCUCUUAUCGUCCUCUCCCUCUCUGAGGAGUUCAGGGAGGGCUACAGGGGGCUGUGGAGGCGCCUCACUCUGCGCAAACAACCUCCUCCAAAGCCAAAACCCGGACCUCACACCCCUACAGCUCUUAAGUCGCCUUGUCCCAGACCAGAGACUUCUGCCCAUCUUCAAUCAAGCUCCAGCCAGGGUCCCAGCAGAGAGGCUCAGCCCCAGCCAGAGCAGGGAGGAGAGAGAGAAGCAGACGGGGCGAGCCUCAAAGAUGGGAUUGUCUUGCCUGAUGUGGAGCAGUUCUGGCAUGAGAGGGAGACUGGAUUGCACACAGAGGAAAAUGAUCCAGUGCCAUGGGAGCACCAAAACAAAGAGGAGGGAAAAUAA